AAAGAAUUAACUAAAGAUAUUGAAGAACAAAAUUUAACAAAAGAUGAAAUUUUAGUUAAAUAUAAUAGUAAUAUUAAAACAUUAACAGCAACAACUAAAGAAAUUGAAGAUAAAACUUGCAAUAUUUACAUUUAUGGUUUUCCUAGAACAGGAAAAUUAUAUCUAGCUCAAAUAUUAUUUCUAGAUGCAUAUAAUAAAUCAAAUGAAGAUAGAAAAUGGUAUCCGAACUUUAACAAAAAUAAUGAACAUGAUUUAGUAAUUUAUAAUGAAUUUUUUAGAAGUGAUCUUAAAUAUACAAAGUUUUUAAAUUUAUUAGAUAGACGAGAUUUUUCAGUUCAAUUUAAAGGUAGUAAUGUAAAUUAUACACCAAAAGUACAAGUCUUUACAGCAAAUUCAUCUUUAAGAGAACAAUAUACUUAUCAUGAAGAUAUACUAUUUGUAUAA